AACAGAUUGUUUUCUAACGUGGCGUACUUCUCGUGAGGUUUCAGAUUAAAAACAAAAAUCGAACAGAAGGACGCUGGGAAAGCUUACGGAGAUCUUUAGACUAUUAACUGUUCGACGAAAUUCUUCGGAGAAAGGAAGCGGAAACAUGGGGAAGAGAGGAGGAGGCGUAAAGAGAGCAGCAAACAGGCCAUCAAAGUUCCAAAAGACAAUCUCACUGAGAGAAGAAGCGAGCGGCAGGAAGCAAACCAAAGGCGGAUCGACCAACGUUAAAGCUAUAUUGAAACACGAGCACUUGCAAAAGCUAGCGGUGUGGGCAAGUGGCGAAGCUUCAAUCCCUUCUUUGGCUUCCUUUUUUGGGCACCAAUUGGCCGCUGAUGGGGAGGCCUCAUCAAUCCCCCCUGACCCUUCUCUCUUUCCUUGCCAGAGAUGUGAGACAAUUCUUCAGCCUGGCUUUAAUUGCACUGUCCGCAUUGAAAAGAAUCGAGCAAAAGCAAGGCAUACACGUAAGAAACCUCAUAUUUUGACUCAGAAUAGUGUGGUCUACAACUGCCACUUCUGUUCACAUCGGAAUCUGAAAAGAGGGACUCCAAAAGGCCACAUGAAAGAGGUGUACCCUCCUAAGUUGAAAGCAUCUUCAAUCCCCAAAGUUGUCAAGUCCAGACUUAAGAAUGUUACCAGCUCAGGUAAAGAAACAAACAAAGAUGAGCUUAAUAAGGUGGAUGUAAUAAGUUUACCAACAAUAGCUGCUGAAGAUCCAACCGCAGAUGGUCCAAUGACUCCUUUGUCAAGAGGUAGGACUUUGUUGGAUGGGAAGAAGAGAAACAGGAGCAAAUCUGGGUCUAAAAGACCAGCUGAAUCCGAAAACAAUGCCACGACACUAGAUGCUGGAAAAACUGUUGGUACUUCAAGUAAAAGGAAGAGAAAAUCGUGGAUGAGCCUUAGCGAAAUUGUUCAGAGCAGUGAGGACAAUCAUGGCAACGUUCCCAAUUCUAGAAUCCCAUUCUUGUUGUAAGUAGGAUGAUCUUUAUUGUGAUUCAUGACAAGUGAUCCCCAGGAGAUCAAUACUGGAAGGAGACACAAUUACAGAUAGAUUCAAGUUUUGUUCAUAGGAUAGUGAGUUGUAAUAUACUCUUUUUGUAAGCAAAUUAGAAAGCUCUGUUUUAGUUUAACAAGGAGCAUUUUGUUGUUUGGAAUGAGUUUCUUUGCUUGUUAAAAAGGAAGGAAAUUUGUUUAUAUCAUACAUGAACAUUGGCAAAUGCAGUUGGAAUCAUCAUGGGAUUUUGAUUGGUAAAA